GCCCUCUACUGUCCCGUAUGAAAACUGUACUCAGUUCAGACACCUUACUUACCAUUAAAAAAAAAACUUGGCACCAGUUGGCCGCCCGGCGUCUCCAUCCCGCUGGAAUCUCAGGAAUACAAAGUUCUUAUCUCGCUCCACACGUUGCUUGUCGGUGACUACUAACAAACAGCAUUGUGUUCGCGCGAGCGAGCGGGCGGGAGGCGGAGAAGGCGCGUAUAUAAGCGCUCCUGUAUAGGAGUGUUCUCUGGACUACAGAAAGAUGCAUGAGUGCAUUGAGAAGACUGCAGCUUAAUAGGGCAAAACAGAACCUUUUGAGCAGUUUGCGAAUUUAUUGGAUUAUCACAAUUUGUGUUGAAUCAGGGACUUGCGUAAUAUUAAAUAAAAUGAAUCUGAGGAUUAUUUUCCCAGUGUUGUCCAUGCUGUCAUCUGGAAUUUUUGACUUGGCUGCUCCAGCAUCUUUGGGUCAUGGCACAGCACAAGGCACGUCGAUCUCUGUGCGACACUCCAGGACUAAGAGGUGUUCCUGCGCGAGUUUUAUGGAUAAAGAGUGUGUCUACUUUUGCCACCUGGACAUAAUAUGGGUCAACACACCAGAGCGAACAGUGUCAUAUGGACUUGGAAACGCUCCACGUAAGAAGCGCUCAGUAACAGAACCUGUUGUGCCCAAGUCACGCUGCAAAUGUGCAGAUACCCAAGACAAAACAUGCUCUUCAUUCUGUCAGCUGAACAAUGCGCAUAAAGCAGCAUCAGACAAGGCAAUCCAUGCCGCCCAGGGCCAAGAUUGUGCCGAGAAGCAUUGCAAACACAAGCUGGCAGACAAACCGACAAAGAUUAAACGAGUGAAAAACACUGAAAAGAUUGGUGACAUCCUCUCCAGGGUGAGGGCCAUCAAGAGGAUCCAUCUUCUCCUGGAGAAAUGGCGAAUGAGACAGCACCACAGGGCACGAGCGUGGACGUCUGAAAACGCUGCCUCGUAGAGAUCUGGCCCAGCUUUAGCCCUUUGCUGAUCCACCACAGGAAUGACCUGAAUAAAAGGUUCCUCUCUGCUCAUUCAUCACACACGUCUUGUGUAUUCAUGCCAUUGGGUGCCGUCGGGUGUGCUGGAAUACCUGCAGAUGCAAGUGUCUUGGAUUGUGGUGUUUGUCAUGUGGUCUCCACCCUAGAGGUGUGUCGGCAUCAGUGUGGAGUUGUGGAGCUCAAUGGGAUGAAAAACCAAGGAAGAAGCUGACUUAAACAAACCACUAAAUUAUAAAUACUAACCUCUAUCAACUCUAAACAUUUCUGAACUAGACCUUUGGUGCAUGGGAUAACUAGUUGGACAGACCAAGUAGGACAUUUAAAUUAAACUAAUACAUAUAAAGACUAUGCAUUGAAGAUACUUGUUGCACAAGAGGAAUAUGCUGUAACUAAAUGAAACUGUGGAAUCAGGGAUUCCAGGAACCUAAAGCGAUGUGAGACGCCCAUCAGAGGACACUGAACAUCCAACCACUACAUGCCAAAGACUCUUUCUUGGAUCUCGUUACUGGACUCAUUCACUUUAUUCACUGUAAAACGAUGAAGCUCUGAAAAUGCAUCAAUGCAUCAAUGGAAUUGCUAUUUUUUGCAUUUAUGUUAAAUAUUUAUCUUUAGCCAUAUUGGUUAAGAUUUUUCUCAAUGUUAUUUCCAUGAAAUGAUAACAUUUAAAUGAUAUUAAUGUGGUAAACAUUGUUAGGUAAUAAUAAAUAUUUUGAAUUAUUUAAACAACUUCA